GCUUUGCAGAGAGGGACAGAGGCCAGUGGGGAGCUCUUGUCCGGUUGGGGCUGACUCAUCUGGAGUUCCCGACUCCGCUGAGAUUGCAAUUGGAAACUUUGCGCUCUGUGUUGGUUUUUGUCUCCCUUGGGGAAGCUGGACGGCAGUUCGGCAGGCCCCGUGCGUGGCCAGGACCGCACACUGGGGGCCAUGGAGUUCACGGCGUCGCCCAAGCCACAGCUCUCCUCCCGGGCCAACGCCUUCUCCAUCGCCGCGCUCAUGUCGAGCGGCGGCUCUAAGGAGAAGGAAGCCGCCGAGAACACCAUCAAACCACUUGAACAAUUUGUUGAGAAGUCCUCCUGUGCCCAGCCCCUGGGUGAACUGACCAGCCUGGAUGCUCACGGGGAGUUUGCCGGUGGCGGCAGCAGUGGCAGCCCCUCCUCCUCCUCUCUGUGUACUGAGCCGCUGAUCCCCACCACCCCCAUCAUCCCCAGUGAGGAAAUGGCCAAAAUUGCCUGCAGCCUGGAGACGAAGGAGCUCUGGGACAAAUUCCAUGAGCUGGGAACAGAGAUGAUCAUCACCAAGUCGGGCAGGAGGAUGUUUCCCACCAUUCGAGUAUCCUUUUCUGGCGUGGAUCCUGAGGCCAAGUACAUAGUCCUGAUGGACAUCGUCCCUGUGGACAACAAGAGGUACCGCUACGCCUACCACCGGUCUUCCUGGCUGGUGGCUGGCAAGGCAGACCCACCACUGCCAGCCAGGCUGUAUGUACACCCAGAUUCUCCUUUUACUGGUGAGCAGCUACUCAAGCAGAUGGUGUCUUUUGAAAAGGUGAAACUCACCAACAAUGAACUAGAUCAGCAUGGCCAUAUAAUUUUGAACUCCAUGCACAAGUACCAGCCGCGGGUGCACAUCAUUAAGAAGAAAGACCACACAGCCUCGUUGCUCAAUCUGAAGUCUGAAGAAUUCAGAACAUUCAUCUUUCCAGAGACCGUUUUCACAGCAGUCACUGCCUACCAGAACCAACUGAUAACCAAGCUGAAAAUAGAUAGCAACCCUUUUGCCAAAGGAUUCCGGGACUCCUCCAGGCUCACUGACAUUGAGAGGGAAAGUGUGGAGAGCCUGAUCCAAAAGCAUUCCUAUGCCCGCUCACCCAUCCGUACCUAUGGAGGAGAAGAUGAUGUGCUGGGGGAUGAGGUUCAGACAACACAGAAUCGAGGGUCGGCCUUUACGACAUCUGAUAAUUUGUCCCUCAGCUCCUGGGUCUCUUCUUCUUCCACUUUUCCUGGAUUUCAGCAUCCCCAGUCCCUCGCUGCUCUCGGCACCAGCACAGCAUCCAUAGCGACACCCAUUCCUCACCCUAUACAGGGCUCUUUGCCACCGUACAGCCGACUUGGGGUGCCUCUGACCCCGUCGGCCAUUGCCGGCUCCAUGCAGGGGAGCGGCCCGACAUUCCCCUCCUUCCACAUGCCCCGGUAUCAUCACUACUUUCAGCAGGGGCCUUAUGCUGCUAUCCAAGGACUGCGCCAUUCCUCCGCGGUGAUGACACCAUUUGUAUGACUCUUCUAAACCUAGGAGAAUCCAGAUCCAGAAUGUGCA